UCUCGUUUCAAUUAAAAUAAAAAAAUAAAAAAACUUGAAACAACAUUUUUCGUGGAGUCCCAAAUUGAACUCUUAGAAGAUUGUUAAUGUAGCGUCAAGGGGGAAGAGAUUGAGUCUGGUUUACGCUAAAUGGGUCGUCGUAUUCCAUUCCUCUCUUAUCUUUCUCUAAACACCCAUUACUAUAAAAGAAACACCAACUCUCUCCUCUCAAACACCCACUCUUUCCUGUCCAACUUUUCCUUUCUUUAUGCCUAUAAUCUCCCUUUUCUUUCUUGUUCUUGUUCCUUGUUGUUCUUGUUGAUUACCUUUCUUGUUAUUCCUCAUGCUUUAAGGGGGCUAUAAGAAGUCUGCACGAGUUGCUUGAGUUGUAUGUAGCUCACUUGGGUCGAGUUACAUCCCGGAACAAAAGGCUUAAAAUAUAUAUAUAUAAAAAAAAAAAAAGAAAAAAAAGGGAGAGGUGUUUUUUGGGUUGUGGUUUUGGUUUUGGAGGGCGUGUUUUCUGAGAUGGAGAAGCUUAACUUUGUUAAGAAUGGUGUGCUAAGGUUGCCUCCUGGAUUCCGUUUCCAUCCCACGGAUGAAGAGCUUGUGGUUCAGUACUUGAAGCGCAAGGUGUUUUCCUGCCCCUUGCCUGCCUCCAUCAUCCCUGAAGUUGAUGUUUGCAAGUUUGAUCCUUGGGAUUUGCCAGGUGAUUUUGAGCAAGAAAGGUAUUUCUUCAGCACUAGGGAAGCCAAGUAUCCCAAUGGAAACCGAUCCAACAGAGCAACAGGCUCCGGUUACUGGAAGGCCACUGGAAUUGACAAGCAAAUUGUGACUUCUAGGGGCAACCAAGUUGUGGGGAUGAAAAAAACUCUGGUCUUUUAUAGAGGAAAGCCUCCGCACGGGUCUAGGACCGAUUGGAUCAUGCACGAAUAUCGCUUUGUUAGUGCUGAAACCACCAAGGCAGCCAAUGCCCCACAAGGGAAAACUUCAUCCGAGAGCCCUGUGGUUCCAAUGGACAAUUGGGUUCUCUGCCGCAUAUUCUUGAAGAAAAGAAGUGCUAAAAACGAGGAGGACAAUGUACCAAUUGGCAACGAUAGCGCUGUCCGGAAACUCAAGACUGCUAAGCCUGUUUUCUAUGACUUCAUGAGAAAGGAUGGGACUGAUUUGAAUCUUGCCCCUGCUUCCUCCUCUUCAGGCUCCAGUGGAGUCACAGAGGUCUCUUCUCAUGAUCAGUCGGAUGAUCACGAAGAAAGCAGUAGUUGCAAUAGUUUUCCUUAUUUCCGAAGAAAACCAUAACAAGUUUUUUAUAUAUAUAUAUAUAAUAUUUAUAUAUAUAUAUAUAUAAUCUUCUUAGUGGGUUCUUCCUUUGUACCAGUAUUUUGGCAUCUGAAUUCCCUAAUCAGAACAACCAUCUACGAAAUCCAAUCUUUGGUCAAUUAA